AUGAACUUGAGCAGUCGGUGGGAGAAGCUUGCAUAUGAAAAUGAAGAAGAGAAGCUCCGGUAGGAACCAGAAAAGAGGAAUGGCCGUAGCAACCAAUGACAGAUUUCGGCAGUCUUUUUUUUCAAAUCGGCUUCGAAUACGAUUUCGUGAGAGGCUUCUUGGUAUUGGCUUCUCUGGAAGUGUCUAGCAAUCGAAAAAUAUGAAAAAAAAUAUCUUACGUGAGAAUACGUGGUGCUAUUUGAUAAGAACAGCAAUGAGGAAACGAUGAGAUUCCGGAAUGAAAAUUGAAGAAUUAUUUGCAGAGCUAUCUGCCAAAGCGUGUCAAAAUGAAACAAACGGUUUUUUUUCUUUCGAAGUAUUCCUUAAUAAAAAUCGAAGAAAACUUUUUUGGUUCCGUUUUAACGGUCAUUUUUUUCUUUGCGGUUAGGAAUUUCCUGAAAAUGGUCAAAACACUCCUCUAUGUACCAGAAGAAGAAUCUGAAAAUCUCAAACUGUAAAAUUUCCUAGUUUUUGAAAAUUAAGAGCCUAAGAUCUCAAAAUAGAGAAAAAAAGGGCUCAAACCCUCAAAAUGACCUAUUAAACGCAUUUUCAGUGCUUUCUUCUACUCCAAGGUGUCCUUUCUAAAAACUAGGAAGUUUUGCAGGUUAAAACUUCCAGGAACUUCUUCUGGUACAUUAGGAAGUGUUUUGAUCAAUUUUCAGGAAAUUCCCAAGUGCUAAGUAAAAUGACCUUUGUUGUAAGUAGUUUUUUUCUUGAUUCAAUAAAAAAAAAUAGUCGACCACCGAACUUUUUCCGUUUUGGGUUUUUUCUUGUCCUUGGCAAAACCGUUCAAAGUUGGAUGCAAUGCGGAUCAGUUUUAAUAUAUUCAGUAAUAUUGAAUCAACUGCCAGGGGCUGUUUCAUUAAGGGAUUGUUCUUUGCGACCUUGGAGCUUCAUUUGACAGAAUCGCAAUUAAAAUAAGGUCAAUGUACAACAAGCUUCUCUCGAGUUUGAAUACUUGUUUCAUCUCAAAUCUGAUUAUUUUUUUUUAACAUGAAUCUAUCCGAAGAUCAAGUUAAAAAUUGGAAAAUAAAACAUCAUCGCGUUUUUUUGAUAUUCUUUAAAAAAAGCACAUAGAAACUAUGAUAGAUUUGAAUGAUAUAUGUCAUUAUUCUGUUAUGCAAGCGAAAUUGUUAAAAUAAGAGAGUGUGAAGAUUAUACAAACCUGCUUUCAGUUUAAUCCUGAUGAUAUCCAUCGCACCAACUUUUUUAAACUUUCUUUUAUUCUGCCGUUUUUUAGGAAGUUUCGAAGAACGAAUACUCCUGUGCAGUUUUGUUUUGCAGCAUUUGGUAGGCCUAAAUUCAUGGAAUACAAUAUAUGCAGUAUGUCCUUUUGGUCGUUUAGGACAAGUUUCGUUGCCGAAGAAUCAGCAAUCGACACUCGAGACUUCCCACUUCUGCCUGCAUUAUUUAUCUGUUUUCCGUGCAAAUCAAAACUUGGCAACCCCAAAGCUCGUUAGCUUUUCAUGAAUUGGCUGUUUCGCGCAACUUAAAACUCCUGCCUUCCAAAAGAAAGCGAAGAUAACAUAUUUCCUAUUCUCAAAAUAAGCUUUCCUGUCUACCUUUUCCUUUCUCCCAGAGCAUAAUAAGAUCGUGGUGUCUUCAGAAAAACAUAGCAACCCAGAAUAUAUGUAUCUCUGCCUGUGACUGACGUCGCUUUAAAGCUUUUUUCAUUUGGGCAGUCGUCCAAAAACCUCAGACGGCAAUUUCGAAAAUAGCGGGGAGAUCGCAAUGGAAACGUCCAAACGGGGAAAGCGGCGAGUUGCGCCUGUCAAUUGCUCCUCGUUCAUUAGUUUCGGUUUGGUUGGUCUUCCUUUUUUGAGCUUUUUUCUUUUGAAGUGGCCGUUCGGAUUGCAGGAUUGAGCCAAUCGCAAGUCUCCAUUACCACAGGAGCUCAAGAAAUAGUUUUUUUGCCUGCCGAAAAUGUGAAAAUAAGCUCAAUUUAGGACACACUAGACUGCUCGCAGAUUUAUUCGAAAAGUUAUUCUGAGGCGCCGCACAAGGUUUUUCUGCUCUCAUCUUGUGGGCUCUCCACCUAAAAGGUUCUGAAUUUGUUUUUGAAUCAUACACUCCGAACGGCUGCUUUUCUUUAUUUUCCAUUUUGUUGCUCAUUUCUCGUUCUUUCACUGUUCUAAUUUUCAACCCCCGUAGUUUAUUAAUUUGUUUUUAAACUUCCGGAAUGGUUGAAAGUAAAAGUGAUUCAUUCCUUUUUUGCUCGAGAAACUGGAAACCCUGAACUUUUUUUUCCUAUUAUCUAGUUAAUCUCCUUUUCUUCUAACUCAUCAAAUUGCUUGUUGGAGAGAGAGGAACUUUCUGGGUUUUUCGUCUUCUUCAAGAAAAAAAAGUGAAGUAAAAAAAAGCUGAGAAAAAGUUAACUUCAACAUUGUAGCCUACCGGAAAUAGGAUUCGCGACUCUCAAAAUUGAGAAGAUGUGUGAUAACAUGGUUUUCUCACGUAGGAAUCUAAGGCCUUUUUUGCUUUUUCCCUUUUUUCACAACGUGUGAUGACAAUUUUUCAAAGAAAGUUCAUUCGAAGUAGUUAAUUGAACCUGAAAAAUAAAGACUAAUUAGAAGAUUCAUCGCCUAUGCAAGUAAAUCCUUCUGUUCCUCUCAUUACUCACUGAAUUGCUGUGACAUACUUCGAAGGCGUUUUUAUGACGGGAUCUUAGGAGAUAAAUGAAUUUUCAUCUAGAAGUGUUUGCAGUUUCUAAGUUACUUUUUUUUCAAUGUAAAACUUGUUCAAAAAAAAGCUUUGAACUUUUGGUAUAAUAAUUUGAAUAGCGGGAUUCUAAAAAAAUCAAAUGUUCCAACAAUGAGAGUUUAAAAAAAUUGUUCUCAAAGCUGAAAAAGCAAGAUUUUCCAGCAUUUUCUGUGUUCAGAGUGUUUUUUUUUUUGAAAAAAACAUCCACAUGAAAAAACUUGUUCUGAAUUGAGAAUCUCCAAAAAAAAAGUCUCAUUUCAUCAGACUUGCGAUGAACUUUUGCGGAAGCUUCAAGUUGAAUAAAUUACCUCAAAUCCAAAUUCUCCGAUUAUUCUCGGGGCGAAAAAAAAAUUCUAUUCCUGAAUUUUGCCCCAUUCAUUCGCACGGCGGUCACGCUUCCCACACUGAUUUCUCAUGCCUUCACAGCGCACAAGUGCAAUUGCGAAGAUAUUGCCAGGAACGAUACUUCGAAGGAAAUGUCGUCGGCCGAGAACAAUCGACCGUUUCGACCCAUCAAGAGUUUGCGACGAAGCUUCAGAGUCCGCAAGGUAAGCACUGUCUUUUUUCUACCUCUACCGCUGUAUUUUCACGAUUUCCUGAACCCCUUUUUUCCGGAUAUGUCCUCAUUCCAGCUCUUUAAAUAUCUGCUGUGUUAAAAAUUGCACCUCCUUUCAUUUGAGUAUGAAGUUCUGAGCGCAGUCUUCAUCUUCGAAAAAGUUUCCAAAAAAAAAGUCAUCCAUCACAGAAGGUAAUCGCACAGAUUUGAGAGGUUUGAGGGUUCUCCACGGCUUCUUCUGGCUGUCAUUUCGCAGCGCGGUUUUUCUGCAUUGCCGAAACAAGGAAAAGCGAAAUGAGACAUGCCGUGUGCAGAAAAAUGCUGAGUUCGUCCUCGUUCGCAUUUCUUCCUUUUCGGCCUCUCUCUUUCCAACGAUGCUCUUGGGACUAAUCUCAUCCUGUUAAUCACCUGGUGUAAUCUGUUUUCCAAAAAAAAAACCUUUGAUAAAUGAUUGUUGUGGAAACGAACCAAAAUAUGAUGAGCUUUGCAAAUUGUGUUUCUACUUAUGCAGACGCCAUCUUCUUCUUGAGAAGUAUUAUGAUGCUUUCAUGAUUUUUGUUUUCAUUGAAGAUACCUUUGUCAAAUUUCUCCGAUCUCCAGAAAAAGCGCAAAAACGAUUAUAGAUUCAAAAAACAUCAAUGUGCAUAUAUAAAGCUCAUUUUGCUAGCCUUCGGCAAUUUUCUUAGAUACCCAAAACAACAAAGUUCCAUUUUUUCUCUCCGCAAGAACAACAAAACAUUUCGUUUCUAUCAUGAUUUCAUAUGAGAAAUCCAAUGAAGCGUGUUUAUUAACACAAGACCACUAGGGGCUUUCGUGAUAGGCUUCUUUGACUGCGCGGAAAUCCCGAAAGUCAUAAAACUCAGUUAGAAACGGAACAAAUUUUUGCUGCUACCAUGUUCUUGAUAGGCCCAACUUCAUUUGAUUCUUCCAUUAUUCCAUUUAUUAAAGACAUUCUUUUGAGAUCCCAAGCUUUUCUUGUAAAAUCCAAAAGUCGAAACUGUUGACUCAGCGAUUUGUAGUUGCUCCUCUUGAAAAGGAUUAUAGAACUGAUAAAAAAUUGAACUGUUAUCAUUAUAUGUUGCGAUAAAGUUUGCAAAGUUUCAAUAUGUUAUUUCGAAAACUUUUUUUCAUUUUUCGUUUAUAAGAAGUCUAUAGAAAUGUUUUCUUAUUUUUUUUUCAGUCUAGAAAAUUUACUUGACAAAAAUCCUUUCGACGUUUUUCAAUCGUAAAAAAAUUUAAUCAGUGCGAAGGAGGCAGAAACAGUGCAUUCGGUCUUCUUUUAAGCAUUAAUCCCACGGCUCCAUAUCUAUUCAAAACUUGAGGAUUGCCGGAUAAAAUCAGCUGGCUCGUUUUUUUUUUCACGCGUCUCCUUAAUCUUUCGUCACAAUUUUUUUCUGUUCAACUUUCAGAUUUCAUAUUAUACGUUUGUUUUAUUCUCAUUUUCAGCUUGAAAUACCUUUUCGAAUCUUUAGUAACGCAGUUUCAAAUUGAGUUUGGCUUCAAGAAAUCACAUGGUUCACGCCUAUUCAAAAGCUUUCACAAAUCAAAUUUUUCUUGCCACAUACGUCUUUUAUUUUUCAAAGAUGAAAACGUUGCAUAUCCUUGUUGCAUUUUUUUGUGUUUUUUAAUUUUGAAAUAUUUUACCGGAACAAGCGAAAAACGCGGUUGAACAUUAAACUUUAAAAAAAAACAGUUUCCUUCAGAACCAGAUUGAAAAAGUUCUCGACCAACAUUUUCUCUCCCCCCGAAUAAACUGCGAUUGGAGAAUAUAAUAUGAGUUCUCGUGAGACAGACAUUGCUGAGUUUGUCGUUACGAGUUCAAAUGUCCUUUCUGUUGAAUAACUCACAACUGAAUCAAGUAAUUUUCCCCAAACCAAACGUUCUCUUUUUUCUGGCAAUUGUGACAGGCUUUUGGAAACAAACGAAGGGCCUUUUUUUCAGACGGAGAAUCCAUCGAAUGAGAGCAAGAUGAGUUUUGAGCAUCGUUCCGUCGUCCGGCUUUUCAGCAACAGCUCCACCAGUCAGUGCUCACUUUUGUUUGUAACUCGAAUAACGUGAAUAUUGCUUUUUUGAUUGAUUAUGCAAAGCUUUGUAGCUAUGAUUGAAAAACGGAGAUGAUUGGUUUUUGGAAAAACCAAAUUUUUUUGAUUUUUUCUUUUUGUUCUAACGAGGUGAGAGUUUGUUUCACUGGGGAAAUCAACAAAUUCAUCAAGACGUUCUAAUUGAAACCCAAACAGUUGUUAUUGGCAGAAAUCUAAGCUACAAUAUUUCAAAAACUUUCUGCAAAGAUUUUAUGCCCUUUAUCCUCAGUGCAUCAGAACUGACGGCCAAAAAGAAGCAAUUUCCAUGAUUUUAUUUCAGAACCUCUUAAAAAUGAUUCCUCUAUUCGUCGUUAUAACCAAACUAAGUCCAAAGGAACCCCAAAAAGGAACAAAAUAACAACUGGACUUUUCAAAAAUCACGAUUCUUCUUUCACCUCGUAGGCCAAAAAAAGAAAGAAAAACAAAAAUACUAAAAAAAGUUUUUGAUAGUAAGCUUGCACAAAAAACUUAUUAAUUCGGUAAUAUUUCUUGCAAGGUCAAUUCGUUUCCAGGCUCAGUGAACAGCCGGAAAACUUCUGUACCAUCAGCUGUGAUCGCCUCGGCUCCACUGAUGUCUGCGGCUGUGGGAGACGGACUAGGCCGACAACUUUGUACGUUUUUUUGA